CGUCCCGCCCACUGGCGUCAGGCUUCGUUGUGUGUGUUCGGAAGCUUCCUUACUCAGUGCUCCGUGUCUCCUUAUUCAGUUCAUUUGCCCGGGUGGACACGGUUCGUUAUGGCAAUGAACUACAACGCUAAGGAGGAGGAUGGAAAUCACCACUCAGGCGCGGGUCCCGGUGCGGGCUUGAAGAGCAAGAAGCCCGAUAACACGGCCUUCAAACAGCAGAGACUUCCGGCUUGGCAGCCGAUCCUCACUGCCGGUACCGUCCUGCCGGCCUUCUUCGUCAUCGGCAUUAUCUUCAUACCUAUCGGUAUUGGUAUCUUCGUCACCUCGAACAACAUCCGGGAGUUUGAGAUUGAUUACACUGGAAUGGAUCAAAAUAGUGACUGUUACAAGUGCUGGAACGCAUCCUAUAACAGCACAAAGUGUAGCUGUGUUGUGAAUUUCACACUGGAUUAUGCCUUUGAGAGUAAUGUGUUUAUGUAUUAUGGACUGUCCAAUUUCUAUCAAAACCAUCGUCGAUAUGUGAAGUCCAGAGAUGACAGUCAACUUAACGGGGCCAUAUCUUCUCUUACCAAUCCAAGUAAAGAAUGUGAACCAUAUCGUCUGGGUAAAGAUAAUAAACCCAUUGCCCCGUGUGGUGCCAUUGCAAAUAGUAUGUUUAAUGACACGUUUCGCCUCUAUCAAAUUGUAAAUGAAACGGAAAAGACGAUUACACUGAAUAAUAAAGGUAUUGCUUGGUGGACGGAUAAGAACGUCAAGUUCAGAAAUCCUUCAGGAAACUUAAGUAAAGUAUUUGAAGUAACAACAAAACCAAUUAACUGGGAAAAGCCUGUAUAUGAACUCGAUGAGGACUCGAGUAACAAUGGAUUUAUCAACGAAGACUUUAUUGUAUGGAUGCGUACUGCUGCAUUGCCUACAUUCAGAAAGCUGCAUCGCCUGAUAGAGAACAACUCUAAAUAUCCUACUUUGGCCCCAGGAAGUUAUUCUCUGAAAAUUGAUUACAAUUACCCUGUAAGAAGCUUUGAUGGAAGAAAACGAGUGAUCCUGAGCACCAUCUCGUGGAUGGGAGGAAAGAAUCCAUUCUUAGGAAUUGCAUACAUCACUGUCGGAUCAAUCUGCUUUUUCCUUGGUGUCGUGUUGCUCAUUAUACAUCAUAAAUACGGAAACCGCAACAAUAGUGAUGGUAUCCCAAACUAAGCCCACUCCCGAUAUGGUCCUGCAUGUGCUCCUGGGCUGUGAACAUUAUGCACAAGCUUGAAUGCUAACAUCCUGCUGUAGCAUUUCUUAUUACUCUUUCUUUUCUUCGGGAUCAUUUUAACACCGUUUUAUUUGUU